AUGACGUCUGAGGGUUGGACAGUUCUUCACGCUGCUGUUGAUGGAGCUGAACCAGAUAUUGUAAAAUAUUUAGUUGAACAGUGUAAGGAAGAAAAAAACCCUGAAGGACAGACAGUUCUGCGUUUUGCUGCUGAAAAAGGUGAACUUGACAUGGUGAAAUAUUUAGUUGAAAAUGGUGCUGAUGUGAAUGGCAAAGAUAAUGACGGGUGGACAGCCCUACACUCUGGUAGUGAAAGAGGUAAGCUGGACAUCGUAAACUAUUUGGUCGAAAAAGGGGCUGGUGUAAAUGACCGAACUACUAACGGGUGGUCAGUUCUGCACUCUGCUGUUGAUGGAGGCGCACUUGACAUUGUGAAACACUUAAUCGAACGUAGUGCUGAUGUCAACAGCAAUACGUGUGAUAAAAGGGCAGCUUUACAUAUCGCUGUUGAAAAAGGUGAACUUGAACUUGUAAAAUAUUUCUCGAACAUGGUGCUGAUUUAGACGCUAGGAAUAUUCAUGGGCAGACAGUUUUGCACACUGCUAUUGCAAGUAGCGUACUUGUCACUCUAAAGC